AUGAGCAAGCGGAACUUUGCAGGCCUCACGUUCCUCCAUGGCCCUACCGUGAUCUACGCCGAAGAACCCAUCGCUUCCAACGACGCCAUCAGGCGCACGCUCUCCGCCGCAACCAUGACCUCCGCCUCGCCCGAGCACCGUCUCAACCAAAUCGUCAAAGGCGCACCCACCACCAACAUCUCCGCCUCGCCCAUACCUCCCCCCUUACAGUAUCUGGGCAAGCAGUCCUCCGACGCACAGCAGUCCUCGUUGGACCCCCAUCUCUCGACCCUCCCGUCGGCCCCGCCCCAGAUCUACCUGAACCUGUUGAUCCUCGAAUCCUCCCUCCGAGCACAGUACCUCCACCUGGUCUCGCGGCGGCGUCUGAACACCUUCUUCCUCCUCCUUCUAGCAGCGUGGAACGGGCUCUUCUUCUAUGCGCUAUUCCUGCGCCCAAGAGAAGAUGGCACCGGCUUGGGCGGCUCGGUUUACUGGGUGAUCGAGACGGGCGAGAAACUCGCCCUGAUGGGAGGCGUCGUGACCGUCCUCCUCGUCUGGGGCACAGGACAAUGGGAGCGGGGCAUCCGAUGGCCGCGGAAAUGGCUAGGCACCACGAACCGCGGGCUCCGCACCUUCAACCUCCGCGUGGUCAUCACCAAGAAACGCUUCGUCCGCGAAAUGCUCGGCCACCUGAGUUUCCUGCUGCCGUUCGGCCUCUGGCGCGAAGCCGGCGGCAGCGACUGGCACCUCGUGGAGCACGAGAUGGGUAUCAUCGUCGAAGAAGACCUCGCCAAGGGCGGCGACGGCAUCAUGCUCCUCCUCCUCCCCAAGUCCUUCUCCCCGGAGUUCCGCGAGAACUGGGAGGAAUACCGCACCGAGUACUGGGACAAGGAGAACGAGCGGCGCGCGGGCCUCCGUCGCAAAUUGCACACCCAGAGACGCACCAAGGCGAAAGAAGCGGGCGGGUGGAAGUGGUGGACGGGCGCCUGGCGUCUGCAGUCGACACGGCACAACCACCAGCGCAAGCACCAGGAUCUGGAGAAACAUCCGCUCGGCCACCAUUUACACGGCUCGUCGCAUCGCGCGUCUCUCUCGGAGAAGCACAACCACACGCGCAGCCUCAGCCGCCAGUCGUCCCGCUCGUCGACGCCCCAUCUCGAGUUCGACGGCACGACGGAACGUCCGCUCUCCGAGCGCAUGCGCCGCGGAAGUAGUGUUUCCAGCACCGCGAGCGUGAGGCGGAAACCCACACGCGACAGGAAGGACGGCACCCCAACGGGAUCCCCGCUCUUGAGUCCCUUGACCAGCACGAGCUUGAGCAUGAGCGGUACCGCCGAGGACGAACGGGAAGAGCGGAGAAAACGGCGGAAAGAAAGAGAGGCGGCCAAGAAGGAGCGGCAGGUACAGGCGGAAGGUCAGAUAAGAGAAGGGGAACCAGGUGCUCAUCGUCACCACCAAGCUGACCAUCAGCAUCAGCACAAGGGAAAGAGCAAAAGCAAGAGCAAACUGAAAGAGCAUCUCGAAGAAGGGACAGACGAGACAGAGUCCAACCAGGCCCAGGCCACCGCAGCGGGAUAUGACGCUGGGGAGAGCAGCGUGCCGACCACGCCGAUGAAUAAUGGUCAUGGCCCCGAACGCGAGGCCUUUUCUCUCGAUGUAGCUUCACCCGCGGCGUACGAGGACGGGACCAUCAAGGCUGAGCUUUGA